AAUUGGCCUCUUCUCUGAGGAGCCAUCGCCAUGGUGAAAUGUCUUCAUGGCCACUGCUUCCUUUAGUUCACAGAGGAGAUGAGAGAUGAGGAAAGAGGCUGUAAUUGCAAGAACACAAUGGUAAAUGCAGUUAAUGAUAAACAACGUCCUUUAAUUGAUAAUGAAAUGGAAAUAAAUGGAAAUGCAUGCCACAGAGAGAUGCAGGAGAGACUAGGAAAGAUGUGAAGCUUUCUCCAAAUGACAGCAUCUCUUCUAAUCUUUCCUUUGGAUUUUCUUCCUGAUGCUUGCCAAAAAUUUAAGACUGCCUGAUUUGUUAACUCCUAACAUGUGACAUCUAACCCUGAGUGCAACAUUUAUGCUUUAAAACAGCAGCAGACAUCUGUCUGAGUCAGUUCUCUGGAGUUAUACAGUAGGUUAACUUCACUGGCUCUGUGUUAGUGAGUGAGGGAGAGAGAAUCGAUCCUCUCUUGUUUUAGCAACAGUAAAUCAAUACCUUCUCACAGAGUAAAACCAAAGCACGCUGUCCUGCCUCUGCAGUUUACGGCUGAGCAUGUAUUGAACUUCAGGAUGCCUACAUCUGGUUUCUGCAGUGAUUCUGUGAAGUCCUGGCAAAUGACUGAUUUGCAAAGAUUUAUGCGUAAAAUGCUGAUACGCACCAAAAGUGGUAAUUUGGUGCUGAUGCGCCGUGGAUACAAACACGCACACACACACCUUACUCCCCCAGGCUAGAGAGAGAGAGCGAGAGACGGAGAGAGAGGGAGAGAGAGAUGCUGCGACGACUCAACUUGCAGCUGACUGAGCGGAGAGGACGCAUGUGGCUGCACUCCGGCUGCUGCGUCCAUGGAUCCAAACGACUGCUUGUUGUUUCUCUGAAUGCAUAGAUAAUGAGAGGACGAUCUGUUAAUUAACACGGGAGGAUACAGCCCCCGGCACCGCCUGGCUGGCACGCACACUGACACAUUCCUCUCGGCAUUAUGGACGGGUUGCAGGCAGAAAACGCCGGAGUUGGUGGCAUCGGGGAGAACGCGGAGGAAAAGUAUCGCGCCCUCGCCUAUGACACCGCUCUGAGCACUCUGGUGGCCGUGGCCCUGUACGUGGUGGUGAAAGUGAGCCUGGACGGAUUCAGACAGUGGCGGGCCAGGAUCUCGGUGCUCAUCGUGGGUUCGGGACCCGUGGGGCUGACGGCCGCGCUGGUCGCUGUCCGCUCCGGGAAGGUGCUGAAGCUGACCGUGCUGGAUGAGAGGUACCGGACCGCGCUGCUCUGCCGACCCCAGCAGAUCGCCCUGGACCCGCGCAGCGUGAAGUUUCUGCUGGGACUCGGCGUGGACUUUGAUAACAUGGAGGGCUGCUGGCACAACGAGCAUUUCUUCACCAGAAUAGGCGUGUUUCAGGAGUACCUGCUGAGCAUCCUGGAGCAGAAGAAGCAGAGGGUGGAUGUGAAGGUGCAGCUGGGGACCAAGUUCACAGAGGAUUAUCUGCGGCGGAUUCCACACAAUGACUGGCCACGCGUGAUUGUGGUGGCUGAUGGGUCGUGCGGUGACUCCUGCUCCGUGUUGGGGAUCAGCUCCGACUACACGGUGGAGUCCUGCCAUGCAUAUGGAGCCAAUGCAACCAUAGAGAGAUUAGAUCAGAGACAGGUGCCCACUCCUGAGAUCCGAGCCCACAGCCUCUACUUUGACCUGUCUGCUUAUGGAGUGGAGGCCCUCCGAGAGCACCGAAACCCGACAACCAAGCCGGGAUUCCACCUAAAGAUAUACGGUACCUUCAGAAACCGCUACAUGGCCCUCGUCUGCCCUGCCUCUGACACCAAGAUGGUUCGCUUCCUCAGGCACACUGCAAACUCCUCUAUCAUGAAGAACAUUUUCCACCAAUCCUUCAACGCCUACAAGACGGACAUCGAGCCUCGUCUCAGUGACGUGACGCUCCAUCACAUGCAGUGCAGCCGUCGCCUCUUUGAGAUUCAGUUGUCACACAGACGCAUCAGCGCUGCCUACAUAGAGGGGGACAAUGUGGCGGUCACUGUGGAGGGUGAGGCGGCACGUGUCCUCAAUUUUGACACAGGCUGUGGAGUGAAUCUAGGUAUGCGUGGUCUGGAGUCAAUGGGGACGUUCAUUUACCGGACAGCUACAGCCGUGGAUCAGAACGAUAUUCUGGAGGCGCUGUCAGCUAAGAUGCAGCAUUCCAGACAGGUGGCUGAGACCUUCAAGCAGACAGGCCUCACUGAGUCAAUGUAUGAAUGAAAUGAGAGGAUGACCUGGUGAAUGCCUAAUGCCACCUAGUGGAAAGCGGUGGUGGAUUAUUCAGUGAGUGUUUACAAUGAAUCAUGAGUCUGGUGCAGAGAAGGGGCCGCUAAUGGUCGCAUAGCAAAUUGAGCCGAAAGAGCGUGAACAGAUGGAUAAUGGAUGUAAACAUCUCUCCAUAGGUCUCAGUGACGUACAAAGAGUGGAUCUCCUCAUGAUGGGCGUAGUGAGAAUAACAAAGGCCACAUUUAGUCGAGUGCAUUUGGAGCUGCUCUGGUUUUCAGAAAAGCAUAUACAUAAUCUCUAACAGUUGCAAUGAAACAAUAUACACUGACUACUAAUCCGCUGAAGUGGAGUGUAUAGGUGAAGGGAGUCUAGUUCUGGGAGUUAAUUUCAACUCUUUGACAUUAAUCGUUUCCAUCUGUCUUUUCUCCUCCCUUUAACUGAGGAAACAACUCACUUGAUUUCCAGAAUCUGUCUGAUUGUGCUCUAUGCAGAGAAACAGACCGUGCUGUGGCGUCAUCCGCUUGAAGAGAGAAAUCUAUGAAACUAUCACUGUCCAUGAUUUAACAAAGACUCAGAGGAAAUGAGGCGACAGCUGCUCCAAAGUGUUGUUGUCAAGUCUUUUGUCUGUAUGUGCGCAUUUGUCUGAUGCUGUGGUGAAAAUUAUGGUGAAGAUGUCAAGUAUUUGCUAGAGUGGCCUAUAUUUUUGUGCUCUGCCUUGUAAACUUGAUUUUUAUUUUUGGUGUGGCAUAUUUAAAAAUACAGGCCACUGCAACUGUAUUAUGUGCCAGCUAUGCUGUUAAACAUUUAUUGAGCUGGUGACCAAAUGAUGCUGAUCCUGUUCAAGUGCCAAUAAAAAUGGUGACACACUGA